AUGGCGAGCAUGACGUCGUUGGAAGCUUCAGUGGAGGCGAAGCUGAGCACCCUGCAAGAACAGUUGCCGCAGUGGAGGGAUCAGCCGUUCACCAUCUUCCGCGUCCCCGCCUACGUCCGCGCGAGCAACCCGACUGCCUACGAGCCGCGCAUGGUGUCCAUCGGCCCCUACUACCAUGGCGACGUCGCGCUCCGUACCAUGGAGGACUACGCUCCUACUUUGGAAAGAGAGGAACGCCAGAGUUUUCAGAAACACGACCAAGACCCCAGUUCAGCUGGGCAAGAGCAUCGUCGACGAGCUUGA